AUGCCUCGGCGUAAGAAGGGUAAGCGCCACACCUCUGCAAAACGCCGCCAGGCUCAGCAUGGCACCCAGGAUCUGAGGGGCGCUCAGGUCACUGCCACCACGACGGAAGCACACACUUCUUCCUCCAGCCCUGGUCCCGGGGUUGAUGCUAAGGGAAAGCCGGGUGCUAGGUCUGGUAAGCGUCUCAAGCGUCCUCGGGGGGCGCUGGCCGCCACCACUGUGCCUGCAGGUGUUUCUCCCACAAAAUCAUCCAAAAGAGCCACUGGGGAAAUUGGGAAAACAGAUAAUUCCUCUCAAGCCACUGAGGAAAUUGGGAAAACAGAUAAUCCCUCUCAAGUCACUGAGGAAAUUGGGAAAACAGAUAAUCCCUCUCAGGCCCCUCUCUCCAAGGUGCGGUCUGGAAAACGCUCACUAACCAGGCCGACGUAUCAGUUGGUGCAAUUCCUGUUACGCAUGUAUAAGACGAAAAAGCCCAUUAGGAAAGUGCAUAUGCUGAAGGUCAUCGAUAAAAAGUACCAAAAUCGAUUCCUCAGGAUCCUCAAAAGAGCUUCUGAGAGCAUGGAGGUGUUAUUUGGUAUUGACGUGAAGAAAGACAACACUGCCAAGAAUUCUUAUGUCCUUGUCAGCAAGAUGAAUCUCCCCCGCAACGGGAUCGUGCACCGUGGCAGGGGUUUUCCCAAGACCGGUCUCCUGAUGAAUAUCCUGGGUGUGAUCUUCAUGAAGGGCAACUGCGCCACAGAGGAAGACAUCUGGAAUUUUCUGGGUAAGAUGAAAAUCUAUGCUGGGAAGAGGCACUUCUUAUUUGGGGAUUCCAAGAAGCUCAUCACCCAAGAUUUGGUGCAGCUGAAGUAUUUGGAAUAUCGGCAAGUGCCCGGCAGCAGUCCAGCAUGCUAUGAGUUCCUGUGGGGUCCAAGAGCGCAUGCUGAAACGAGCAAGAUGAGAGUCCUGGAGUUCCUGGCCAGGAUUAACCAUUUGGAACCCAGUGCCUUCCACUUUUGGUAUGACGAGGCUUUGAAAGAUGAGGAAGAGAGGGCCCAAGCUAGCGGAUGACCCAGCGUUCCUCCAGCAGUUCCUUCCACACCUAGUGAAGCUGAGGCAAAUUCUGCCCUUUGUGGCUGAAGAGAGUAUUCACAGUGCUCCAAGUACUAUAGGACUGGACGUCACCGAGGGUUCACAGUGUAAAAUACCCUGGUGUUCCUGUUCUAUGUGGGGAAUUGAGAGUUAAAUCUGUGUUUUUAUGUUCUUGCUGCUUUUCAAAUGUUGCUCCUAAAUGAAAGCUUAUUUAGCAUAUAUGUGUACAAACUCAUCAGUCACACUUAACCAUUUUUUGUUGUUCUUAAGGAUAAGAGUUUUUCUGUUGUGUAAAGCAAAUGGGGAAGCUUCCAUCUUAUUUAGUAAGCCAGUGAAAGAUAACAUGGCAUUGCAAUACGUUAUUUCCUUGAAAAUACAAAAAAGUUAAGCAGUAAAAUAUGUGGGAUCAAGAAAUAGAGGAAAAGGAAGAUGAUCGGUAUUUGGUUUCCUCAUCCCUUGUACUCUGUGUUUUACAAAAUUAUAAACAACAGUA